CCUUGCAAAUAACACUUGUGCUGGCAUGCAUAUAUAUAUAAUACAAAUAGAACUGUCUCCUCUUCAACCUAGAGAGUCCUUGACUUCCAAAGCACCCUUUUGUCUUCACUUUAAGCCUUCUCAUUAUUCUUCUCUUGUUCUUUCUUUACAUUUCCCCAUUUUUUUUGUUUCUUAAUUUCUUGCGAAUCUUUUUCACUUCUUCCUGCUUGAACUUAUUGAGAAUACACAAGACAUGCACAAGAAAUGUUUCUGUUGUUUCUUAUCUGAAGAAGAGCAAAGCAAAGCAAGGAAUAAAGGAGAAAAGAAUAAGAAUAAGGAUUAUCCAUGGGAAAUCUACACAUCGAAGGAGCUGCUUCGUGCAACAAACAAUUUUCACCAAGAUCACAAGAUCGGAGAAGGUGGAUUUGGAAGUGUUUAUUGGGGUCGAACAAGUAAAGGCGUCGAGAUUGCAGUGAAGCGGUUGAAAACGAUGACUGCAAAAGCAGAGAUGGAGUUCGCAGUCGAAGUGGAAGUACUUGGAAGGGUUAGGCAUAAGAAUCUGUUGGGUUUGAGAGGUUUCUAUGCUGGAGGAGAUGAAAGGUUAAUUGUUUAUGAUUUCAUGCCUAAUCAAAGCUUGCUCACGCAUUUGCACGGUCACCUUUCUUCUAAUUGUCUCUUAGAUUGGCCUAAAAGAAUCAACAUAGCAAUUGGUGCAGCUGAAGGUUUAGCGUAUUUGCACCAUGAGGCAAAUCCUCACAUCAUACACAGAGACAUAAAAGCAAGCAAUGUUCUGUUAGACCUUGAAUUCCAAGCAAAGGUAGCUGAUUUCGGUUUCGCAAAGCUCAUACCAGAGGGUGUGAGCCAUCUCACAACAAGGGUUAAAGGAACACUCGGAUAUUUGGCACCGGAAUAUGCCAUGUGGGGUAAAGUGUCGGAGAGUUGUGAUGUUUACAGCUUUGGGAUUCUUCUUUUGGAGAUUGUUAGUGCCAAGAAACCAAUUGAGAAGCUACCAGGUGGAGUGAAAAGGGACAUUGUUCAAUGGGUGACACCUUAUUUCCAAAAGGGUGCGUUCAAUCACAUCGCGGAUUCCAAGCUGAAGGGGAAGUUUGAUUUGGAUCAGUUGAAAUCUGUGGUGAUGAUAGCUCUGAGAUGCACCGAUGGUAGCCCUGAGAAGAGGCCUAGCAUGGCAGAGGUUGUGGAUUGGCUUAAGGGUGCAGCUGGCAAGAGAAGAAGAGAGGUUACUCCUUCUCUAAGUUUGGGUAAUGGUGAUGAUGAAGUGGAUGACGAUGAUUACGGAGAGAUUACACCAUACCAAUCCAAGUUGAAAAUGGCAAGUACUGACAGUGAUAGGCAUAAGAGAAGAUGAUCAUAUAUAUUUGUGAAGUAGUGGUUGGACUUGAAUUUCAUUUGACUCGUUCCUAAUAUUAAAGGAUGUAUACAUACACCUGCCAAAUGUGGAGCUACGGUAACAAACUGAUAUUCUUGUUUGACCACUUUAUUAUUUCAUUUUCGUAGCAAGAUG